GUCUGACGUCACUUCCGGCAUAGGGCCGCCGUCUCUUCCGGCCGGGGGUCGCGGUCCCGCCGCCCGGGGUCUGUGUCCCUCUUCCCUCCCCUCCGAAAGGUAGUGAGAAACGAGGACAGUGGCAGUGCACUUGACGGUGGUGAUGUGCUCGCAUCUUGCUUUGUUCUCUCUUGAUCAAAGCCACACAGAUGGAUUUAUUCCGGUAACUUUCAGUCAUAUUGAGAUUUGGACAGACCGUUGCCAGGAUGUUGGGGUUUCUGAAGAAGCCACUUGUGGUCACUGUGGAGAUAAAUAUGAACCUCGUGGCAUUGACUGUGAUGGGAUUAAUAAGCCGUCUUUGGAGGCUUUCCUACCCCCGGGCUGUAGUUUUUGAUGAAGUUUAUUAUGGCCAAUUUGUUUCGCUCUACAUGAAGAGGAUCUUCUUUGUGGAUGACAGCGGCCCACCUUUUGGCCAUAUGCUGCUUGCUUUGGGAGGUUACUUAGGAGGAUUUGAUGGAAACUUCUUAUGGAACAGGAUUGGAGCUGAGUAUAGCAUGAAUGUUCCUGUUUGGUCUUUGCGACUCCUGCCAGCCCUGGCUGGUGCUCUCUGUGUGCCUUUAGCAUACCAGAUUUUGGUGGAACUACAGUUCUCCCACUGUACUGCACUCGGAGCUGCUCUUCUGAUUCUCUUAGAGAAUUCUUUGAUCACCCAGUCAAGAUUCAUGCUCCUGGAAUCAAUAUUGAUUUUUUUUAUCCUACUUGCAGUUUUGUCCUACCUCAAGUUCUACAAUUUACAAAGGCACAGUUCCUUCUCUGGGAGCUGGUGGUUUUGGCUUUUCUUGACUGGAGUAGCUUGUUCUUGUGCGGUUGGAGUGAAAUAUAUGGGCCUGUUUACCUAUAUACUGCUCUUGACCAUCGCAGGACUCCACUUCUGGCACAUGAUAGGGGACCAGAACUUGUCAAAUGUUGCCUUGCUGUGCCAUUUUCUAGCUCGGGGACUGGCCCUCGUCAUCAUGCCGGUGGCGAUGUACCUGUCCUUCUUCUAUGUGCACUUGAUUUUGCUGUAUCGCUCUGGGCCUCAUGACCAGAUUAUGACAAGCGCAUUCCAAGCCAGCUUGGAGGGUGGGCUGGCUCGAAUCACUCAGGGUCAGCCCUUAGAGGUGGCCUACGGCUCUCAGAUUACUCUGCGGAAUGUGCUGGGCAAGCCCAUGCAGUGCUGGCUUCAUUCUCACACGAAUACUUACCCCAUCAGGUAUGAGAAUGGCCGAGGUAGUUCCCAUCAACAGCAGGUGACCUGCUAUCCCUUCAAGGAUGUGAACAACUGGUGGAUUGUCAAAGAUCCUGGAAUGCAGCAGCUGGUGGUGAGUAACCCACCCCGUCCUGUCAGACAUGGACACAUCGUGCAGCUGGUCCACGGCAUCACGACGCGGUACCUCAACACGCAUGAUGUUGCUGCCCCUCUUAGCCCCCACUCCCAGGAAGUUUCCUGCUAUAUUGAUUAUAACAUCUCUAUGCCAGCACAGAACCUCUGGAGAGUGGAGAUUGUAAAUCGGGAGUCUGACACAGAUGUGUGGAAGACAAUUCUGUCAGAAGUGAGAUUUGUCCAUGUGAACACUUCUGCAGUGCUAAAGCUCAGUGGAGCAUCUUUACCUGAGUGGGGAUACCGGCAGCUGGAGGUGGUUGGAGAGAAGCUAUCCAAAGGCUACCACCAGAGCAUGGUGUGGAACGUGGAAGAGCACAGAUAUGGGAAAAGCCAAGAGCAAAAAGAGAGGGAAGUGGAACUCCACUCUCCUACACAGAUGGACAUAAGUAAAAACCUCAGCUUCAUGGCAAAGUUCACAGAAUUGCAAUGGAAAAUACUCACAUUAAAAAAUGAAGACACAGAACAUAAGUACAGCUCCUCUGCUCUUGACUGGAUCACAAUGGAUACAAAUAUUGCCUACUGGCUCCAUCCAACCUCUGGUGCCCAGAUCCACCUCCUUGGGAAUGUUGUCACCUGGGCUUCAGCUAACAUUGCUGCCUUGGUCUACACAUGCCUGUCCCUGUGGUACUUGAUACGACGACGAAGGAAGAUUUAUGACAUUCCUGAAGACGCGUGGCGGCUGUGGGUGUCAGCCGGGGGGAUCUGCAUUGGAGGCUGGGCUGUGAAUUACCUGCCCUUCUUCCUGAUGGAGAAAACGCUUUUCCUGUACCACUACCUGCCUGCCCUCACAUUCCAGGUUCUCCUGAUUCCCAUCGUCUUGCAGCACCUUGGCAAUCACCUCUGCAGAUCUCUGCUUCUCAAAAGCAUGUUCGGUGCCCUGAUCGUAGCCUGGUUUUCCUCUGUUUACCUGGUCUACUGCACAUUCAGCCCUGUGACCUACGGGGAGCCCUCGCUGUCUGCCACCGAACUCAAGGACUUGCGCUGGAAGGACAGCUGGAACAUCCUCAUCCGAAAACAGUAACUGUUAGAGACUUGUUAUAGCCAAAAGGAAACACCCUUUAUGCAAAGCCAAGAUUUAUUGUUAGUACAGUUGAAAUCUUUAACAGUCUGAUAGUGGUCCAGAUCCGAGUAUUACAGAAAAAGAAAAUAAAAGAGCGCUGUUACAAAAAAUAGGUCUCACUGGUUACAUAGCUGUUAGAAGCACAAUUCCCAGUCUCUGGCCUUAUUACAUUCACCCUUCCGCUGCCCCUCAGGGUCUGAAGGCUGCUGACUUUGGACAACAGCAUCCCAGCCCUUUGCAUGCUACAAGGGUUUCUUCUCUUCCCUGGGAGUAUGAUGUUGAUGGUUUCUUCCUUCUUGCAUUACAUUGUGCUUCACUAUUUUGUUUCCUGGCAACCUGGUCUGCAAUUCCAUGUAACAAGUUACUAUAAAUGGAUAUUCUCCAAGGUAUCAGAUACUUUUCUUUGUUUUUCCUAAAAACUGGUUUUCCCAGCUUCAAAGUUUAUACAUUAACAAUCAGUAAUCAGCCCCGCAGGCUUCAGCACCGUCCCAUGACUAUUCCUCAACAAUGCGUUCUUCACCCCUGCUUUCACUGCGCUGCAGUCAUCCCUAUUUCAGUACAUGACAGCACUCAGUUUAUAAAUAGUUCAUUCUGCAUAGAAUAAUGACUCGUUACUAAUAUCUAUGUAUAAUCAUUUGGCAUAACUAUCAUUUUUAGGACACUAAGCAAAAAUAAAACAAGUAGACAUUUAGAAAUUGCUGUUGGAGCUAAACCCGCAGGCAGGCUGAACAGCCAGCAGAACCCUUUGGCAGUGUUCUGCUGAAGCCUGUGACCCACAGCGACUGCAGUUACCAGGCUGUAGGGUUAGUCCUCACAUCCCAUCCAAAGAGGACUUGAAGCAAGGGAGAACAGAUCACACUGCUCUAACUCGCACGGGCAGGUUCUGGGUAAAACCAUUGCCCGUGCCCUGAACUGCACCAGCAGAGGCCUUCACAGAGUAGGGGACUGUGCAAGAGACAGAAUGGGAUCACCAAGCAGCAAUUUGUCACAGCUCUGUACAAGCAUUUAUGCCACAUCUGAUGUUUUUCCCAUGUGGCUGCAGCAGCAGGAUCCUGAUCCAGCACAAGGAUGGCCAGGAGCAGCAGUGUUAGAGCAGGGUGCUUUUUACUGCAGUUCCUCACUGCUCUGACAAGUGCCAUUCAAGGCUGCUCAGGGCUCCUCGCCCCCAAGGAACGAUGAUGUCACUUGGUUUUGGUGACUGUCUUGCCCCUACUUAAAUCAGCCCUCAUGACUCGUGCAUCAAGCGCAGUAAUUCAUACUCCCAGUCUGUCACCCUGAGCUGCACAGCACCCAGCAGCAGUUCCAAAAUGACCUGCUUUCUCCUCGGCAUUAGCGAUGCGUUGCUGGGCUGUGGAGGGCAACAACAAAUAACGAACUUAACCAAAUUCCAGUGUUAAAGAGACCACAGGGAUGAAAGUGCAGACUGCAUUUUUAAAGGGUUUUGGGUUUAUUUUGCUCUUAACGCUUCAGCCAUUACAGAACUAAAGCUAACGAGUCUGAGUUGAGGGGAGAAAGAAAACUGUUGGGUAUCAGCACCUCCAGAGGAGCUCCUAUCUGUACCUUUGUGCUGGCAGAAUGCCACAGCACUAAUACCUUUAUAUAAAAUGGUCAUUUCUGGUCACUGUUUGUUCAUUCAUUUAUUAGACAAAAUAACACCUCCACACCAACACAGCCAGACCCUGGUUUUAGAAAACUAGCAAAUAUGAAAAAAUUCCUCUUAAUAAUAUUUCCCUCCACCCCCAUUCUUAAAAUUACACCGUAAGUCCAGACUCAAGGAUACCCCAGGGACAGUUCAACGGCCCAACCGGCACUUCAUUCCAGAACUCUUUCCAAAAGUUUGAUGUUGCUGCUCUAUCACUUAUCUGGGAUAACCUACAGAAGCUGGGAUAUCACUGUUUAUUCUUCCAGCCUCUUUUCUGCUCUUUUGAGACAACCAGACAUUCUUGCGUUUAAAAUGCCUGCAAGGCGACUGCUCUGACCCUGUGAGGGCAGGAGCGUGUCCAGAGCACUAUUUGUGCCGUUUGAAGGAGGAUCCUGCACUCGCAGCUUGCCUCCUUCCUGCUCUGACCACCCAGCUCUGGACGCGGACGGAUUCCGCCCAGCAGAAUCUGCAACCAGCAGUACGGAAGUGCCCACAAAGACACUAAUACUGACAAGGUCAGCUUUCUGUUUCCAUGAGCAACACAACCCAGUUGGAGCUCACACAUUCAAUAACUCUGCUAAAGGAGACUACUUGGGUACAAAAAUUGAUCAUACUGUGUAGCAAGGAGCUUAGAAAGGAAUAAAUUAGGCAUCAGACUCACACCACCUCUUGGGCCCGUCCCCUGUGAUGGGCUGCAAGUUCCCAUUUGUCCCAGACAGUCUCUGGUUUGUGUCUAUCCCAAGGGAGUUUCCUCUGCCGGUCAGUCCUGCCCUCGCACACUGCUACAGGAGAGGGAGGCUGGCCAGCGCGAAGGCAGUGCUGGGCCUCAAGGUCCCAACAGGGUGGAGAAGAUAAGGACUGCCCUUGCUUGUUAAAACUAACAGGGUGUGACCUAGUCUUGGCUAAAGAGACUGGCAUUUCUUUGGAGAAAACAGGCAGAUCAUUUCCUGCCAAGGAAGAUCAUUACCAGGGACAUGGGGUAUCUUGUUAAUCGCCUGGUAGUGCUUAAAUUUCAGGGCAGACUUCAAUCUCAUUUUGAAUAUUAAAAAAAGGCGAGUAGCACUGCCUUUAACUGGUUCAUUGAGUAACAU